AUGGCUUUACCAGACAGUGGCAUCUCUGCAGAGGAGGUCCCCUUUCCAGAGAUCAUAGAGCUUAAUGUGGGUGGUCAGGUGUACAUAACCCGUUAUUCCACUCUCACAAGUGUUCCAGACUCCUUGUUAUGGGAAAUGUUCAGUCGAAAGUCAACCAAAGGACUGGCCAGGGACACCAAGGGUCGUUUUUUUGUAGACCGUGAUGGCUUCCUGUUCCGUUACAUACUGGACUACAUGAGAGACCAGCAGCUGGUUCUUCCGGACCACUUUCCUGAGCGCGGUCGUUUGCAGAGGGAGGCCGAGUUCUUCAACCUGCCUGAGCUUGUCAAGCUGCUGGCGCCCAAAAUCAGCAAGCAGAACUCCCUUGGUGAUGAGGGGUGUCAGAGCGAUCCAGAGGACUCAUCACCUGGGAUCGACACAGCCCGGAAUCUCAGUUCCCUGGGUGCUGCUGCCGCCGCCUGUGCCAGUCUGGUCCCCGGAUCCAUGGACGGCAAACGAUCGGGGUUUAUCACCAUUGGCUACAGGGGUUCAUACACCCUGGGCCGUGACAGCCACACUGAUGCUAAAUUUCGCCGGGUGGCACGGAUCAUGGUGUGCGGGAAGACCUCUCUGGCCAAAGAGGUGUUCGGGGACACACUGAACGAGAGCCGGGACCCUGACCGCCCCCCAGAGCGCUACACAUCCCGCUACUAUCUGAAGUUCACCUUUCUGGAGCAGGCCUUUGACAAGCUGGCUGACGCAGGCUUCCACAUGGUGGCCUGUAACUCCACAGGAACCUGCGCCUUUGCCCAUGAGCAGACGGAUGACAAGAUCUGGACCAGCUACACUGAAUAUGUGUUCUACCGUGAGUGACACCAUCGGCUAUGUUCAACCCCCCCCUACGGUCCCCCAUUCCCGUCUCCAAGUGCCCCUUCCUGCUUCAGCCUCCAGCCAUUCCGCCCCCCCCCCCUCGAUCUCUGAGGGCCCCUGAACCAGUAGAUGUACCUAGAUGUUGUGUCCUUACAUAUUUCUCUGCAGACUCCAGCAGCUGUCUGACUCUUCAUCCCCCAGCAGGGUGAACCUGCUGCCCUCACCUUUGACCCCAGAUCCAUUCCCUCAUCUUCAAGUCCAGCUUUUGAACCCCAGCGUAGUCGUAGCCCCCCUCUUCUCAACCGCUGCAACCCCACAGCUGCUCCUGCAAAGACUUACACCUUCUAUGUACUGUUUUCCUUUUGUACUCUGUUAAUUGCAUCUGCCUUGGUGAAGCACAAUACUGUAUCCAAGAGCUAACUCUGUUAAAUAAGAGCCCUAAAGCGUCUGUAUGACUAUCACAGGGCGUUUAAGAGAAAGGGCUUCAAAGAGCAGCCGUGAUGUAAAGUGCACAGUAAACUUUGCCUGCAGAUGGGACUCUCCGCUGCACCUGUGAACUAAAUCACCAAAUAAUUGGACAUCCUAUCAGCCUUGAGGGACGUGAGCAUCCCCCAGCACAAGAGAGACACAAAAGUCUUAUUUCCUUGAGUUUUAAUUACAUGUGUCCAGUGCCAUGUGGUUGGGAAUGUGCCAUACAGUAGUCUAUCUGUUCAGAUGUUAUAAUGUAUGAAUGAGGGUUUAUAUAAUCCAGCCACAUGGGCAAGAAAAGGGGGAAAGAAAGAAAACUCUGUAAGGAAAACAGAUUAUAGAUGUUGAGUUUUCUUUAGAGAGAAAAAAGCAACAGGCUCUGAUGAAAAAAAAACAAAACAAUGAAAGCUCAAAUAUCAAGAGAUCUCAUAGACGGAGAGAUGAAGUGUGUGUAUUGACUGUGCGAUGGAGCUUUCAGUAUUUUAAUCACCCACGCAGGGAGGGCAGAGGAGAUGGAGGGUGUUAGAUCACUCGCAUCACUCAUUGUGCUUCUUUGAUGUUUCUUUUUUCUCAAUUACAGUUACAGUGAAGUGCUUCGAGAAGCAGACACAUCAUAAAUACAUGUUGUCUUUGAAAAAUGAAACAAAAACAAUAAAAAAAAAAACGUGGUAGUCACCUUAGCGGAUCACGUUUCAGGUGUUCUGUACUGUAAAUCUCAAUACUCAGUUCAGUAUUAGUUGACGCUGUUGCAUAUUAGCCCUCACUUACUGUGAACCCAAAAGGAAGGGGAGGAUUACGCUGUAUCCCAAUGAUUUCUCACCGCUGUAGCAGGGGUAUAGUUGGGCAACUUAAUACAGUGACUGAGUACAACUCAAGUUAUAAAGGACAAAUAAGAAAGAAGGUGGUUUACAGAUACAGCCUCAGGACAGGUCAAAUACCUCAAACUCCAACACAAACUGAAGGCAAUCAGAUCCAACUCAAACACAGCUGGUGAUAUUAAAAUGCAGGCGCAGUGAGGAAAAUAUACAAGCCACAGAUGUUUCAGUGAGAUUGUAAACAGGAGGUUGAAUUUGAGGAGAGUUUUCGGAGUUGGAGGCUGCACAGCGCAGGAUUCCUCCAGUGCUAGAAGGUGUCAGGUUGUAGUUUUGGCAGAGCGUCUGACAGUCACAGUAAAUGUAUUCUGAAAUGUCUAGAAACCGCAAUGUUGUGUUUCAGUGUGAUGAAGUGCUGUUGACAUCCGAGUCGAUAUGUUAGGCCUGCUGCAGUGUGUCCCUGCAGGCGUAGACCACGCUGAAACUUAAAGUGUUCAGAGAAAAGCAAAUUGAUUUGUCAAAUAAAAGAUGUUUCCUUUCUAUCUGGGUUGUAUUUUCCAUUCAUAAAAUUGUUCUCUCAGCACUGAACGGUGCAGGUUCUUGUUCGAUUGCACUUUACGUGUCUAAUUUUAGCAGACAAUAAAACUAAACCAUAAAACCAACCAGUUGGAAAAAUUUAAACCAGUCAUUUAAUAGAGGGGACGUCCUUGGACAUUAUGUCUACUUCAGCUUAAAUAUUGAACAUGCCACCCUCAGGCAUGGUCUCUUUUGUCCCUCCAUCUGCUUUUCCGCUUUAUUUUGCCUCCUCUAUUUUUUAUAUUGAGCAGUUGACCAGAAAACAGAGCUAGUCAGAAAUGAGGACAUGCCUAACAGGAUAACAGGCUGUUAAAGCAGCUUGAAAACCCUUAUUUUGUGGGCAAAAAUUUACCUCAUUACUACACAUAAGAGAGAGCAUCGAAGAGGCGUCUUGGCCUAAAAUCCGUACUUAAAAAAGUGUUUCUAUCAAACUUUCAUAUACAUAGAGAGAGAUACAUCAUUCAUAGAAGACCCAGGAUUAUGUUUAUGUAGGUGAGGGGGUCACAUGUUGUAUAAACCGUGACUGGUAUAAGUUUUACAGAGAUAAUCACAAGCUAAUUAUCUUAGUAUAAGACCUCUAAACCUGAUCUCAGCCUGGCCUAGAUAAAAGCUGAUGAAGCGAACGAAAGUGCUGAAAAAUGGAUGUGUAUCCCAUCCUAAAAACAGAUGUUUUAUGGAAUGCAUGGUGAUCCCUCAGAGAGCAGACCCGCUCUGUCUCAAAAACAGUCUCACACACACACACACAGCAUUCCUCUGUCACUGUCCUCCAGCACGUGAGCACCAAGGUCAGUCAUUAGCACAGACACGGAGAGACACGCCUCGCAUGUGUGAAAUUUCAGUCAGUGUCCAAAACAGCUCUCACUCUUUACCUCCGUGAGCUGCCUCGAGACUCAACAUUCAACAGUAAACGUGUGAGGAGUGUUGACACUCUGACAUGGAGCAGCAGUGAGGUCCACAGGCCGGGCUGUGAUGAAACACUGCCGGCUGUUGUUUCUCUUCUUUUUUGUGUGUGUGCGUGUUGAGACACUUGUGGUUGAGAAGUUCAGCGCAGCACGAAACAGUGCCAGAAGGUUACAAUACAGACAUUUCUUCAUGAAACUAACUUCUGCAUCUCAUGGAAAAAUACACUGGGGAUGCAUCUGCUAAAAAUAUUAGGGAUACCAGAUUAAAGGAUAACUAUGUUGCCCUUAACAGAUUUUAAUAUCAAUGUCUUUUCAACUUUUUUGCAAUUGUUCCUCCCACCUGAGCCAGGGUGGGAAAUAUUAUCCAGUUGCAUUACAAACACCCAGGUCUUGAGUGAGUGUAAAUCCAAUCACACACACUUAAAAAAAAAUGUUUAUUUAUUUAUUUAUUUAUUUUUACAUAGAAAAGACUUCUCUUUUGAUGGGGGGUUUGGGGAGGCGUUAAGCUACUUUAAAAGCCUUUUAAACUGCCUAACCAUGGGUCAUGACAGAGAUCUUUUGCUUGAAAUUGCUGUGGAAGUUGUGCAAAAAAGAGACCCCAAAUACAAGCUUCACUACAGAAAUACAAACUUACAGUGGGCUAAAAAGUUGGGUUUGUCUUCCAUCAUUAAAGCUACUGUGAGGGGCUUUCGGGUUGUGUUGAUAUUGGCGCCCCCUGGUGGCACAAAAAUGUCAAUCUUGUUGCAGAUGGUUUUAUUUGAUUUUGCCUGUCAAAAAAAAGCAUUAGCUUAAAUUUUCAAUGUCAUAAAAUCUGAUAAAAUGCAUCAUGGGGUUUUGAAUUGAUCUGAUGCAACAGAUAGAGUCAACCACAGCAAGAGGUGUACACCAUAUUAUGUCCAAAAAACAUUCAUUCCUUUUAAAUUGGUGCAAAAAUGACUCAGUUGCUGAUCACAAAACAGAUUCAUGUUGAUUAUCUCUUUAUUCUAGUUUUUCUGUGAAAUUCUCAAAAUUGUUUUUAACUCUAGUCAUGAAAGCACAAACCGAAAUGCACCCUGCAAGGACAAGACUGUCUUCCCCUCCUCCAGGCGGUGAGUUGACCCAUGCUGUCUCCCCAUGGUGCUAUUGUUACUGCGAUCGGCUCAACAUGGCAACAUGCCUUGGCUCGGUCUGCUUUCCUCUCUUAGAAUGAUCUCAUUGUCUCAUUGCCAGCUGGGUCAUCGCUUCCCCUAUUUGGAUAAAAAGAAGAAGGAGAGCGAAGGAGGAGGACAGGAAGGGAUAUACGUCAAAGGAAGAGAGGGAUUGGAAAAAUGGGGCAGAGAGACUGUGAGAGAGAUAACCUGGUAGAGGCGAAAUGAGAGCGUGAGAGUAUUUAAGUAAGGAGGAUUUGGUGUUCCCAUCUUACAUCUCCUGAGCAACUCCUGUAUGAAGUGUCCUGUCAUUUGGAGAGGAGCAUGAUGGUCUUUACAAACCAAGACUUCACUGGGCCGUGCUGUAAUGUGUUCCUCUGUGGCCUGUAAGUGAGAUUUGGUUACAUCAGACAGAUAAAGAUCCACAGGAUUACCCCCUACACUCAGGACUGCUAUUGAUUUGUAGUAUGAUUACAAUGUCAGAAAAGGGUAAAAGAGGCGCAUUAUGUUUCCUUUCUGUUCGUGAAUCACAAGCUGAGCCUUUGAGUUGACAACAAAAAAUAACAGAUUCCUCGACUGCAUCCUCUGUUAUGAAUAGAUGUGUUAUAGUGACAUCUCUAAUCCCAACAAUGAGUCAUUUUCUCCACAUUUUUCACUGAGUGUGAUAUCAGAUGUCCUCUGCAUGCUGCUGUUUCUGUUCACUCUGAGCUCUCAGCUGCAACCAUCUGUGGCUCAGCACUGUUUGUGUAUCCUCCACCUCAAGCCUUGUCCAGUUUCGGAUCUGUUUGCUCGUACAUCUUCAAUCUGCUUGUUUUUUUUAUGUGCUCUUGUGGAUGUUCAGAGGACAGGUUGAACUAAGUAUUUUGGCUUUGGUGUUAGAGGCCACGCAGGGGCAUUGAACUAGGUGCACUCCCUGUCUCCCAAAUUUGCUGAUGAUGCAGUUGGCAUCUCUGAAUUUGCACCAGCAGAUACAUGCACGCACAAGUGGGGGAGGGGUUGCUAGGAGAAGAUGCGCAACAACCCUCCUGUGCGAGGCUAAUGACCCAGAGCUGUGAGGUUUGAGAUUUAAUUGGUUGCCUUCUUUUCACUCUUCUUUGUGACCAGUUAAAAAUGCAUUAGCUGGCAAACAAGCCAUUUGCCUCUCUCAUCCUCUCUCUUGACAGCAAUAACAGGAGAAGAACAUGCUUGGAUAGAGUGAUGCUAAUUACCAAUAGGAGGAUAUGGUGGAGAACAUGCAGCAGCCUGAGGCCUGACACUGCUGCUUUUCCACCAAUAUGAGGCAUAUGCUUCUCACUUCAUUUGUACAUGUAUACAUACAGAGACUGCUGUGUUUGUGUUUGGCCUUCACAACUGUGCCGUUCGCCUACACUGCCAUGGAAGCCUGUAUGCACAGAGUACAGUAGCGCUGGCUCGGGGCAUCUUUAUCUCAUUGUGCGUUGUGUUAUUUAUAGUGAGCCAGGCAUUGAGUCAGAUGUGUACCACUGCUGCACCUCUCUCUCCCUGUUUCAGCAUGGGUACACAUGCUGCGCUGGCCCACGUCUUUAUCCUCUGCCCACACAUGAAAGCAGCUUUUUACAAAACAUAUUGGACACCAGGGGAGACCUGGUCGUGCAAGCUCAAGGGGUGAUCGUGUCAAAAGUGGGAAGAAGGGAGGGGAGCAGCAGAAAAAGAGACGAUAAUGUCGAUAACGAAAUCCUGCACAGUAUCUUCUCUUUCCUCUCGACAUUUUUUCUUUUUUAUUCUCUUUACAAUUUCUUUUAAUCUCCUUUAAGCUCCAUGACACAAAGAGAAUAACUGAGGGAGGGAAGGAGAAUGAUGUUAUAGCAGGGGGAGUGAGUCAGAGUAGAGGUAUGCAUUGGAUUAGAAAAGGAGGAGGUAACAAAAAAGGGAUAAUUAAAAAAGUAGAUCUUCAUAAAUAGCACCAUAUGAUAGGGAGUGUAAAUGAGAGAAGAACAGGAGGUGAGAGGCAGGAGAGGUGAAUAACUGAGGUAACAGCAUGUUGGGCAAUGAUAGUGGAAGUUGUGACAAUAACUGACUUAAAAAAAAAAAACGGUCAAAAAACAGCUUGAGUUGUUGCAAACAGUAUAUCAAUGUUGUAACCAGAUUACCAUGGUGGUGCCUACUCAUUUUAGUUAUUCAGCAAGGAGAAUAAGACUUUAAUCUUGGAUUGUUUUCAGAUGUUUGUUGUACUUUAUUAAGGAGAUUUUUCUAUGUUUCAGGAGUAUACUGUGUUUUUUUCUUAUGUAUUUGUUCUCAGCAGUGGAGGACACUUCAUGUUUUCUUUUUUUAUGGAUAAAUAAACUGAACCUUGUAACUCAAUACAAUUACAUGGUUUUACCCAUGGGCAUUUUGUCCCAGAUUGCAUUCAAAGCCAAUGCUUCUUUGUUCAGUAAUUGCUAUAUUUCUGUUUACUAAGGUUUCUCCUUCUAUUUAGUGUUAAACAAAUUCAGUUUUAAAUGUAUUAACAGAGGAUAAAAUCUGGACAUUUCGCCACAAAUGUCCAGUUAUUAAAGGACAUUCCUCAGCACGUGUUUUUUUGCCAAGUUGCCUAUAAAACAGUUGCAGUAAAUACACAGCCUGCUAAUUUGGUGAAGUCAGUCUAAAAGGACGGUGAGCUGUCUCUGGGUCUCUCCUGGUCUAGAGUACGUUGCUCCAAGCAGAUAGUUGUAAAUGUGUUUGUCACCAGUCUUGGAGAGGGAUUCACCUUGGCCAUCUGGAGACUUGGGCUCUAAUCUGCCGGUCUAAUUAUCAGUAAUCUGAACAGUCAGGUUUGUCCUCUGUGACAGACUCCUGGGCAGUGUCAGAACCUUGCUGGAACGAGACCGGAGAGGAGGAGCAGGUGGCAGUAAAGAGGAGGGGGGAGCUCUGCAGGGGCUGAGGGGUGCCAGGAUGGGCUUUAGGGUGCUUAGCAGGCUGGUUACGUGUCUUGGUCGCCAGGCAGCAGCUCAGGGCAUUUUAAGCAUGGGGAGAUAAGGAGUAGGCAGGUGGAGCAGGUGAAUCAGAGGGACACUUGGACCAAAAAUAAAAGUGUAUGUCUGCAAAAAUAAAAGUCAUUAGACAGUUUGUUUCUGCACCAAAAGACUUGAAAUACUUAAGUAAUUGAUGACUAGCUGAGAUUUUCCCCUCUCUUUUCCCCUUUUUUGCUUUUCUAGCAGCUCCCAAGUCUUCAGCUGUUUGUGUCCCAUAAUUCCUCGAAUUUAUUCAGAUUGACGGAUUUGUAAUUGCUUAGAGACUUGUGUGUGCACUCCAGUGAUUUUGAAAUGGGCAAAAAUGCUUAUACUCCAGUAUGUCACAAGAAUACAGCAUUACCAUGCCUGAUCACAACCCUGUAUGUGUUUGCUGGAACAGCAAACAGAAAAAAAGGAAAAUGAAUGGGAAAUCUGUAGGUGGUGAGACGUGCUCUGUCAUUAGGCAGCAUACUGGUCGUUUCACAAAGCAGAUGUUCGAUAUCUGCGCUGAAUACAAUGUAAUUAGAUAUAAAACAAGCUGUAAUUGCCAAAGCCAUGUAGCGUGAGCUCCUUUUAGAGCAGCCGGAUAGCACCAUAUGCACAACUUCACACCCUGAAAAGAGGCUUCUAUCUGCCUUACAGCCAUUACUAUGCAUUUGUGUGACUUGAGCUCUUGCAGCUCAUCGUGGCGUUACCAUGGAGAUGAUGCUGCCUUCUUGUUUGCCAGCCUCCUGUUCCUCGGGUCACAACACCUGUCAGCGGCCACAGCGAAUUUUAAAAAGCACCCAAAGGCUGAUUGAGCUUGUCAUAUUCAAGGUAAUUGAGAAACUGCAUUUAUAACAGUUUAGGCCCAAAGUCAGGGCGAAGCAUGGAAGUUUAUCUGAAAGAACCCAAAACUGCUUUAUUUUAAAGAGCAAGACAAGACCGUUAAAACUUUUCUCAACCUGUACAACCAAGUUAAUGCAGUAAACAAUAUCAGACUAAUUAAGCUAAAAGCACUGUCAAACAGGGGGAGACAGUUGGGCUAGCUCAUAGACUGUAUGUACUAUAGACAACUUAGUUCAGCCUUCCACCAGUAUACGGAUUUGAAGCCGAAAAGCUCUCUGUAAUUUCACGUUUUUUUUCCAUUUCCUGAAACCAACAUUGCGCAGUAGCAUUGUACGCAUUCGACAGGAGAGUCGCCGAGAGUCACUGUGAUGACGCUCGGCUCAAACAGCGUAUCCCCCGGGUUAGCUAAGCAAUCUUCGUACGCUCAUAGGCUGUAUCAAGUGUCAAUCAUAGAAAACAUGAACCCCUAAUAACUUUUAAAAAUGGAGCUGUACAGAAAAAAAGAGGACUUGAGCACAAACCAGUAUUACAGUAACUACAUGUCAACAUCAGAAGCAGGGGGAGAAAAAAUUAUAUUCAGUGUAAUAAAUUUCUAAAGUUUGUCUACAGCCCCAUAGGGAUUGCUGGAGGAGGCGGGAUUUAUGACCUAUACAGCAGCCUGUCAACAGAGGGUGCUGUUCUCUGGGUGGCUUCGCCCAUCGAGGAGGCAGACUCUGUCCAUUCUAUAUAUAGCCUAUGGGCUAGCUCUACUCAAUUAAAAAAUAUAUAUAUUGCUUUAGAGCAACCAAAGGAAGAGAGAAAUCACUCACUCAGCCAGGAGAUACAUUAGUAACACUUCACAAAGCAUCAAACAUGAUCAUUCAUACAUCAAAUACUUGGUUGGGGCUAUUUUACUAUGAAUUCCUUCAUCACUACUGCAUGACACAAAAAAAAAACUAGCUAGGGAGAUAGGACCUUGAUGUCCCAAUUAAAGCAAAAUUAAUUUAAUCUGAAAAGACUACUGAACAACAGUGCUGUAGUUUUCCUCCUUAGUCCAGCUACAAUUCGUCUGAUGUCUUCUCCGGUUCAGUUGUGGUUUGAGAUUAGAAAGGUGACAGUUGCUGCUCCUUUACUGAGGACACCUGUGCAUAAUGGAUCUGGAGCCUCAGCCCACUCCCUGCACUCCAAAGUUCCUGGAUUAACUUUUCUUGACAGAACUCUUUAGGCUGAAGUUAUCACUGUUGCUUGAGCACCUUUUCCCACAGCAAUUUUCCCUUCUAGUCAACGUUGUGUUAAUAGUCUGCAGUACAGCUCACUGCAAACAGCCAGCCUUUUGGCCCCUGUGGCUUUCCCUCCCUGUGAGGGGUGUCGAUGAUCGUCUUCUGCACAGCUGUGAACUCAGCGGUCAUUUCCAUAAUUUUGGUUGAGCGCACUAAAUUAUAUCCAGAGAUUCACAGUAUGUGUACUGUUUGGAUGGUAAUUAUCUCAAACUUGAAAUAAAAUGUUCUAAUAAGCCUUGAAUGUAUUGAAUUUUUACUUUUGAAUUUAAUCCAGGGUAACUCUUGAUCUGUCCUUUGAAGAACAGAUCUUGUUAAUAUCACAAACAGGUGCUUCAUUUGAAAUCAAAAAUAAGGUGUCUUUAAUUGUUUUCCAGUUGAAUGACUGGUAGUCUUAAGUUAUUGUCAUUACCCCUCCUAUCCCCAGCUCUUGUUAGGUACAUAAUCUGUCCUCCAGACUGGGUGCCCCAUCUAAUAAUGAUCACAAAGAAGCCUACAAUAGAGAAGUCAUUUUUGGCCCUGACCUUUACUUUGAUGUCCGGGUGACCUAAGUCAUGCAGCUCUGCUUUGCUCAGCUUAGACAGUUACCUAAAUUUAGUGCAUUUCAUUCUCCAUGCAUGUGUUUCUUCUAUGCUUGACUAAUGUAAUGCACUUUAUUGUGGCAUCAGUGAGCAUAACAUCCAAAAACUACAAGUGAAUCAAAAUGCUGCUACCUGUGAGUUUUAGAAUUGAUUUUUAGAUUUUACUGCUUGUCUUGUCUAAAGCCUGAAUUGGCCAGGCUUCAGACUCUACCUAUGAACUGCUAACUCCCUGUGAGCCUGACUGCAGCCUGAGGUCCUCUAGCAGGGCCUGACUCAUGAUCCCCAGAAGUGACUGAGCAUUUGCAGUCCAUGCUCCACAGCUGUGGGACUCCCUGCCUGAGGAUGUUAGACAAGCAAAGUCAGAGUCUUCUUUAAAUCUCCUAUAAGAACUCACUUCUAUUGUUUGGCUUUAUCUUCGCUGUUAUCCUUGUUUUAUGUGUCUCUCAUUUGAUAUUAUGAGAGUAUGAGGAUCUUGUUUAUUUGUCAUGUGUUAAAAUCUAUAUAAAUGAAAUGUUGAUUAUUUUUAUUUGGCCUGCUUUUUUCAUCAUCCUUAUUGUUAUUAUUACAGGGGUGCAGCAGGGACAUGAACAAAGAGCGGUCAAGAGAUGGUAACACUUCACUUGAUGCCUCUCUCUUUAACGCAUUAUAAAUAUAUAAAUAAUGCAUUAUAAUCACGUUAUAGCACUGUAUAACUAUAGUUAUACACACUCAUAAAUGAUCAUAAUGCUUGAUAGCAAUAAUCAUAACAUAUUAUAAAGCAUUUUAUCAUGACUUACAAGGUCAGGUAUUAUAAUGUGUCAUAACUGUUAACAACAGUUGCAUUGCAAUAGCUAUGUGGGCAUUAUCAGUGAGUUGUUAACGGUUAUAACACAUUAUAAUACCUGACCUUGUAAGUCAUGAUAAAAUGCUUUAUAAUGUGUGGUGAUUAUUGCUAUAAAGCAUUAUGAUCAUUUAUGAGUGUUUAUAGUUAUAUAGCUAUAGUUAUAUAGUGCUAUAACAUGAUUAUAACGCAUUAUACAUAUAUUUAUAAUGUGUUAUAGAGAUCGAUGUCAAAUAAAGUGUUACCCAAGAGACAUACCAUAUCAAAUAAAAAAGUCCUGGACUAGUCUUCUACGUGUUAUUGGCCUGAUUUGCAUGAUCUUUAUAGGACUUUAGGCCAGGUUAGAAAUGUAGACAGCAUUGGGCACACAUUAGUUCCUUGAAAAGAAGCUCCUGGAACUAAACAUUUUUGAUACCUUUGGUAGAAAUGCAUCCAUAAGCAGUUUCUGUAUACAUAGUUUUGUUCUCACUUCUGGCUUGGGGAUUAGGUAAGGCUGUCUGUCUGUCUUUUGAAGGUCAAACUGUGGUGAUGACAAAUAACUAGAAACAAGGAGUCCCCGUAAUCUCGACACUCCUCCAGUAACCUGAAUUCAAUCAUAACAAAGCAUGUAGAGACACAGAGAAGGCAAACACAGGGGGUACUAAAGGUAAUAAAUGCCACACAUUCAGUGCUCAUUCAAACAGUACAAUUACUUCAAAGAUACAAAUACAGUUUUAAAGUUAGCAUAGAAAGAUAAUCCUGGAUGUUUACUUUGGGCUCUCUGUACGUGAUAAUGCUAGAAUAAGUUAGGCAGUCUAAUGCUUUUAUUUACCGAGUUAGAGGGAACACAGUGCUCUUUAACAAGAACGAGAGUGAUUAAGGUGGGGUGGACAAAAACAUUACGCACCAUAAUAGGGAGAUAAUGUGACAGAGGUGCUAAACCCUGGCAAUGGUGACACAUUAGAGUUGCUAAUAGCAGUAAUGAUGGCAACGUAGACAUGUGUCACACUGAACAGAUGGGAGAGACUGAGAGAGAGGCAUCCAGAGAGGAGAGGAUGUGUGAGAAAGUGCUUUGGCUUUUGCAUAUAUAUCCCUGGAGAAGUGGCCUGGGGAAAAGGGUUGAGUGCUCUCUUUCGCUGUUCUCCUCCAUAAGGCUUAGCAGUAGAAGAGAGCAUGGAGCCCAUCCCCCAGUGGAUUAUUCCUCCAACACUGCUAAGCCCACAUACUCCCACGUCCAGGCGGCCCUCAAACACACAUGUAUUCAACAUGAGAGACAUUUAAUGCACCGUGCACACAAACACAAAUAGAGGGGAACAUUUUUCUGCCCACCCCUCCUCCCUCUAUGGCUUCUUUCUUCCUCUCUGUCUUUAUCUGUCCCUCUUUUAAAUGCAUGUGCACGCCCAUAAUAUAAACACACACGAAUACACUCUUCUCCAGGUACUCAGAGAGCCAAGGCGGCAAGAGAAUACUGUGCACCGCCCCCGUUUGACACAAGCUGCUUUUCCCGUUAUAUAAGAUGGGUUACGAUGACGAUGAGCCCUGUUGAAAGAAAGAGUGCAGGGCCUUAAGUGUCUUUAUAUGUCUGUGCACAUGCAUGUGUUUGGGUUGUGUGUCACGGCUGCUGCUAAGUGUGAGUGGCAAGUUGUCUCUGUAUGUCCCUGCAUGAGCAUUAUAAAUAAAAAGUCUCAGGAAGGACUCGAAAUAAAACUGUACCGACGUGUUAAAUGUGACUGAGUACGAGAAGGUAGAUGUGCAAUUAAACUUUGCAGAACAAUCAUUUUUAUUCAACUUGGGCUAAGUCCAUGACCUAAUUCUGACUAAAUAUGAAAUGUUUUUUGGAUAUCAUGAUAUUUUUUGUUUUUUCUCGAAGUUGAACAUCCAGUACUGCAAUGAAAAACAGGCUUUGAUCUUUUCUGUUGGGCAUUUGCAGUCAUGCAGCUUUGUAACAAAACCUCAAGAGCCUUUUAGAAAUGCCACUUAUUGUUCACAAAUCAGGCAUGAUGAACGGAGCACACCGAAAUUUUCCCAAAAUGGAUCACAUGACAAGAACCUGAGAGGAUUCAUAACAAUCGCAUGCAACAAUAAUGCACUCCCUGUACACCCUGCACCAUAACAGCGGUUAUUUUGCCGUAUUCGCUGAGUCUUUCUAAGCCAAUCUGAGGCUGUGCAUCAUCAUGUAGACAGUGAAAAUCAAAGGCAAAGCAGAGGAUGAUUAUACUCGCUCCCUGCUUUUAAAAAACUGUGCUUGUUUGUGAAGAGAGAAAGAGCUAUUCAAAACGGUUGAUGAGUACAGGAUGUGCACAUGUGCCUCUCCAGCAACGAUUCUGAGAAGUUACACCGCAGCAACCUCCUCUGUCCUCGCACAGAGAUGAGAUGAAAAUCAACAUACCGUGAAAAAUGGCUUGUCAAGCUACAGUCAGGAGGCUUCACACCAUCCGCUCAGUCACAGUGUUCCUUCAAGGAUAAUGUAACCUACAUGCAAGCGGCGGUACGAGCCGGGGAGUUCUGAAAUUAAAUGAAACUGUCCUCCACUUUCCUUAUCUCUCAUUUCCUGUCCUCUCCUGCUGAGCACUCUUUCUCUGCUAAUUUCUGUUUCCAUAAUGCUUCUGCACGCUUUUGUGUCAGACUGUGUGCACUUUUGUGCUCCUGGAGACGGAUUGUUAAGCUCAAGCUGAGGUGUGUGUUUUGUACCAGAGACACUUCUGAUGCACUUUAAUAAGGCAAACAAAACAAAGCUAAAUAUGAUCAAAUAUAUGUGCAAAGCUUUACUGUUGACUCAGACCUUCAUUCAAACAGAAAAGACACCUGAAUACAUCAUCCUUCAUCAAAAUAACAGAAAGACAUUUUAAGAAUGAUGCUCCUGACACCAAACAAACGCCUGGAUAACAGUUAAGAUAGUCCUUGCAGCUUGUUAGCUCAGCAUUAAGACUGAAAACAUAUGAAAGGAGCUCCUCUCCUUUCGUCUUCCUUUGGAUUAAACUGAAAGGAUACGGUGCAGCAGCUUUAAAAGGGGCUGUUCAGCAGAUUUUGUUUCCUCUGUCUGGAUAGAGUCAUACACAGGAUAAGUCUUUGCACUAAACUUUGCUUAUUAGCCUCUGGUUCCAGUUUGAUAGUGUGUAUAAAGACAUAUGACUGAAAAAAGUGGUCUUGCUGAUUAAUAUCAAUCACUUUUACUCUAGUUUUUGUUGUUUUUUCCCCCAGUUUAUUUAAUAAUUGCUGUGAUGGUUUGAGUAGGGUGACCAUAUUCUGACUUCCCAAAAAGAGGACACAACCACACAGGGCCGGAGACAUGGAGUCGCAUGAAGUUAAUUUUGAUUGUUUUUUUGGGUUGAAUUGAGUGUCUUUUAUGCGCUUCUAACUCAGUAAGUCCAUGUGACACAAAAUCGAAACUCUUGUACAAAACCAAGGACCUUUGAAGGACUUUAUAAACUUCCCCAGACAAAGCCAGACAGCCCAGACAGCCCCCCAAAAAGAGGACUUGUCUGGGUAAAAGAGGACGUAUGGUCACCCUAGGUUUGAGGAGAUAUUAAAUGAUUAGCAUUGCAUCGCAUCAAGACCGGACAAAGACUAUGAAGUCCUGACUCUUUGUGUUCAAGUUUUUCCGUAGGUUUAAAAACAAAAUGUACUCAAUCAAUACAUGAGCUUGAGAACUGAAGUUUAGAAAAACCAAGCUGCUGGUUUUACCUUCACAUUGAGUGUAAACACAUAAGAACAUGCUUACCAAACAUUCAGCAAGACUUAAGCACACUCACAAUAGGAAACACUUCUGUAAACCACACCUAUGUUAAUGUCAUUAUAAGCUUCCAUGCUCAAAGUUUAAUGAGACCGUUGAUAUUGAUCUAAGGUCUGUAGAGUAACUAUGAAGCAGAAGGGAGAAAAAGAUUAGCUCAGCAGAACAGAAACAGGCACAUCAGCCUUACCGCUCAACCAUGUAAGCAUGGAUGUGGUACUAAUACAAAAGAGACCUGCUCUUUCUGUGACAUGUAUUGCAAUGAAAUUUGUUCUGAAUUGAUCAGUUGAUUGUCAAUCAUUCAUUUCUAUGAACCUCCAAAAAGGCAGUGCCCAUACUGAAAAUGCUGACUCAAACAAGGUCUUUGCUUAUCUUGAAUCAGGUGUAGAGGUGAGGCUGAGGCAGGCUGAAUUCAUCUUGUUUGUUUGACAUGGUGUGCUCACUUGCCAAGUUCCCAAUUAUGCAACCCUCUUCGACUAAACCAAUAAUAUUUAAUAAAGUUAAAAAAAUAUUUUAUCCCAUUUAGAUUUUUAAAGAAGAAAUGAGGUGAAGACCAAAACUGUUUUGUAUCAGGCUGUAAACAUGUUUGAUUUCACAGCAGAAAUGGGCAUUUUGGUAUGAGUACUUCUGAAGUUAUAAAGUGGUCUAGAGGAAUAGCAGAGAUCGGUCUUUGGCCUCACCUUGUCAAAAGUUUAAAAAAUAAGCCUCCUUUCACCUCUCAGGCUUAUGUAGGAGUCCCUGAUAUUUUAAUCUGUUAGUCUUCAUAAAAAACUUACCUCUCAAACUUUUCCUCAAUGAACUUUUAUUGUGACUGGCAUAAAAUGUCUCAUAUUUCACAUGACUUUACAAAUACGUAUUUUUUUCCUCUACUGCAGGCGGUUCCAAAGCAUCAAGUUCAGACCACCCGGCUCUGACUGAAGUGGAGACUUCUGAAUUUCCUUCCUCUUAUGCUGGACGAGUGACAGUAGAGCCUAGUGGUCGAACCCGCAGCCUUCCAGAAACCAACAGCAGCAUCACACUAGACACACAAAACCCACUUUACCAGGACUCUCCUCUCCUUCUAACACCUCCACUUCCUCCCCCGCCUCCUCCUGCCGCAGACUGCCCCGACCUCCCUCCUCUGUCACCACCAAUCCUGCCUCCACCUCUACCAUCCAAACCUCCCUCUACCUCAAGUCCCCCUCUUCCCUUAACACCGCCCAAAGCAGAGAGCCCACAGCGUCCAAACACACUUAACCUGAAAACGCUGCCUCGUCCCAGUGUUAGGGAGAAUGGUGGGCCCCCGCCGGGGAUAGAGGAAGAGGAGGAGGAGCGGAAGUUGCUGGAGGAGGAUUUGAAGAAAUGCAUUGAGGACUUCAAAAAGAUUCGUCUGCCCUCGGUGUUUCCAGAUCGCAAGAGGCAUUGGCAAAGUGACUUGCUCAAGAAGUACAACGCAUAG